UAUCGUUAUAGAUGCUCAACUACAACAAAUAACCAGUGGUUAACAAACCAAAAUCUGAGAGUACAACCAAAUUCGAUUUUGACCGAGUCCCAUUUUUCGCACCUGAAAGUGGUGUUUUUACUGACCCCUAAAUCAACACUAAUGGAUUUAAUAUACUUAUUCAUUUCAUGUGCUCGUAGUGGGUAGUGCCGUAGUCGCGUAGUAGGUAAUGGAUAGCGGGUAUUUUUAAUCGACAAUAGCCCAAUCUGCCAUAAAAAUGUAAUGCCAGCCUCAUCAGCACCUAAUAUGCGGAGAUACUUUUACAUAGUGCAGAGUGAGAUUGACUAAAGUUAAGUGUUCCUAAUUAAAGUAUUAAGAGGUACUACUAAUUGCACAAACAAAGGAGUAGACAGUAGAGAUCUAAUCUUUAGAGCACGCACAUGUUGGUUUGACCGCCAGUGAGCUACCAUAAGGGGUAACCGAGUAACAUUGCAUCUGCAAUUCUGCAUAUUUGGAAGUUUUAAGUGCAGAAAUCAUCAUUGGCAACUCAGAAAAAGGAUAGUAUUGCUUGUACCAAUAAAAACAGAAACAAGAAAAACAAAGAGAUAAAGAGUGUUCCUAGUUCCUACUGGGUAGUUAAGAAACAAAUGUUUGCAAAAGUUAGCUGCUGCUUGUCAUAGAAUCCAUCCUUACCAGUUCACAAAUCACAGAGAGAGUGCUGGUAAAUAUAAAUGGCAGAAGGAGUUCUUUGUAACUUGGCUUCAAAAGCCUUGGAAAACUUGGCAAAAACAACCCUGCGCGAGGCUGCGUCCUGGUGGGGUGCGCGAGAUGAUCUGAAGAAGCUUGAGAAUAGCAUCAGGAUGAUCCAAGCUCGAGUUUGUGACGCUGAAAAGUAUCAGGAAGAGGAGGGAAGCGGUGUCAUCAAAGAGUGGCUUUGCAGGCUGAGGUUGGUGCUUUACCAAGCUGAUGACUUGUUUGAUCACAUCCUCACUGUUGAUAGCCGCAAUCGACGGAGAAAACAAAACAAGGAGGUAUGCUUCUUUUCCUGGAGGUCAAGCCCUUUUUCUUUAAACUGGAUAAUGGCUCGAGAAAUCAAGUGUAUCAGACAACAACUAGAGGCUAUUGAAUCUGAUACGGUUGGUUUAAACUUGCCUUCCUAUCAACAUAGAGUAGAACCACGACGUGAAAUAGCCUGGUUGAUGAAGAACAGUGAAACAGCCUCAUUGGUGCAAGCAGAAGAUGUCAUUGGCAGGGAAAAUGAUAAAGAGGUCAUAAUUGAGAUGCUCUUUAGUCCCAAAUAUGAUGGGGAAAGGGUUACUAUCAUUCCAAUUGUGGGGUUUGGGGGUCUAGGAAAAACUACUCUAGCUCAACUUGUUUUUAAUGAUGAGAGGGUUCAAAACCAUUUUGAUCUCACUAAAUGGGCUCAUGUACCUGACAAAAAUGACCGCGCUGCUGUAAUGGGCAAGAUAUUCAACUCCUUCACAGGUGAUGAGUAUCAUGAUAAGCCACUGGAAGAACUUCAAAGUGGCAUUAAAGUGUCGAUAGAAACAAAUAAGUAUUUGCUUGUGCUAGAUGACAUCUGGGAUGACAGAGGUGAUCGAUGGAUUGACCUUGUGAACUUGCUGAAAUGUGGUAAACCUGGUAGUAAAGUAAUUGUAACUACGCGCUCUAAUGCUGUUGCAAAAGGUAUUGGCACGCUUGAGGAAGCCUACAUAUUGGAAACUCUAACUGAUGAUCAGUCGUGGAAUCUUUUUGAAAGAUUGGCACUUAAACCACGACAAGCAGAGAACAGUAUUUUCAAUACUUUGGGUGAUAUUGGGAAAGAAAUUGUCGAAUUGUGUGGAAACGUGCCACUUUCUAUCAAGGUUGUUGCGGGUUUCCUCCGUUCUAGAGACACUCCCGAUGAGUGGUUGUAUGUCAGAGAUUCUCAACGCUCAAAGGCACAAUUUACAAAAGGUGACGAUAUCAUGCCUAUACUGAAGUUAAGCUAUGAUGACCUAACACCAGAAUUAAAGCAAUGCUUUGCUUAUUGUUCAUUGUUCCCAAAAGGCCAUGAAUUUAGCCGGACUGAACUGGUUCAUCUAUGGAUGGCUCAAGGAUAUUUUGAAACAUCAAGCAGAGAUAUUGGGGACUGUUACUUUCUAGAGUUGUUGAGGAGGAAUUUAUUUCAAGAUCCUCAAGAAGAUCUUGAAGGGAACGUUGAAAGGUGCAGAAUGCACGACUUAGUUCAUGACUUGGCUCAACACGUAGCUGGUCAAGACAGCAUGGUGUUGAUUGAGUCGUCUUCAUUGCUACUACGGUCGUUGUUGUUUAUUGCAAGUUUUGAACUGGAAGGCUUGGUGUCAAGAUUCCAGUCCUUACGGGUCUUAAGCUUGAAGGAUAUGCGGAUCGAGAGGGUCCCAGAGUCUAUUUGGAGGUUGAGACAUUUGAGAUACCUUGAUCUUUCUUACAGUGGCAUUAAAUGUCUUCCCCAAGCCAUUACACGUCUUGAGAACCUGCAAACACUUAAUCUUUAUGCCUGCUUCUUACUUGAGGAGUUGCCAAGAGAUUUUACCAAAUUGCCUAACCUGAGCCACUUAACAAUUGCUAAGAGUGGUUUGACUGCUUUGCCAUCAGGAUUUGGUAAAAUGACAUCUCUGCUAGAGUUAGAUGAAUUUAUAGUUGGGGAAAGCAAUGGUGUAGACUCAGUUCCAGCCUUGAAUCUUACGGGAAACCUCCAUAUUAAAUUUUGCAAGUGGCACAAUGAUGUUGUUUCAGAAGCAAAGAGGGCAGAUUUAAAGGACAGUCAUAAACUGAACAAUCUUACUUUAACAUGGACGGUCGAGGUAGAAGAAGCUAGUCCUGAUGGAAGGAAUAAAAUGUUAAUGUACUUGCAACUACCUCCAAAUCUUAGAUAUCUUCAACUUCAUUAUUACAAUGGAGAUGAGAUGCAAUGUAGGUGGUUCGAUGGGUUAUCUAAGCUUGUUUUCGUUACUAUUUCAUCGUGCCAUAGUUGCACAGUUCUUCCUCACUUGAGUCAGCUGCCUCAUCUCAAAUAUGUUCAUCUUGGAAUGCUUGAUGCCUUGGAGUACGUAGAAGAUGAGGACGACAUCAGAGUAGGUGCAAAUUGUGGUCAUUCUAGCCACUAUUUCCCAGCCUUAGAGGUAUUAGAAUUGAGUGGAUUACCACGACUAAAGGAGUGGACAAGACCAUCAAGAAGCGGUGGUGAGCGACAACAACUGCGACAAAAGUUGUUGUUUCCUCGUCUUUCACAGAUGGAAGUAGUUGAUUGUAAAGAGCUAGUGUCGAUACCUCUAGCACCAAAGCUGGAGUCAUUGUCGGUUUGUCGCUGCAAUGGAAAGCUGUUUAAAUCCAAUCUGGAGUCACUAGAUGAUCAAGAAGCAUCAUCAACUCUUUUCACGUCAUUAAAGCAGCUAAAAAUUAUUUCAAUUGACAACGGACUAGUUUCUUUGUCAAUCAGCAGUAGAUUGUGUAAACUAGAAAUCUUAGGAAUAGGCUAUUGCAGCCAACUGAGAAGUUUGAUGAUUGAAUCUCUGAGUUCCAUUCAGUAUAUUGAAAUAACACACUGCAGUAGCUGGACUAGCAUACUAAAAGGAAAUUUUCCUUUUCUUGAGACACUGACGAUCAGACACUGUAAUGAAGAUGAUUUUGAGGAGGAAGAAGAAAGGAACACUACCAGUACAAGGUAUUGGCAAGGCUUAACGAGCCUUCGAAGCUUGGAAUUAGAUAACAUUAGCAAGUUGAAGAAGCUUCCUCCAGGAAUUGCAUGCCUAACAGAGCUUCAGAUGCUUACUGUUGGAUUUUUGGAGAAUUUGACAACUCUCCCAGAAGAGAUCGGCAAACUCUCCUUGCUUUCGGAGCUUCGGAUAUUCUACUGUCCAAAAUUAGUGUUACUUCCACUGUCAUUACAAGGCCUUUCCUCUUUAAAGAUACUUUAUAUUGAAGGUUGUCCAGAACUGAAAGAAAGAUAUAGAAAGCCCGAUGGUCAAGAUUACCACCUCCUUCAGCAUAUUCCUGAUCUUCAAGUGGGAUGUUAUGAAUAGUCUGGUUGAUGCAAGUGCAAAUAAGAGGGAGGUUUCUUCGAAAGAAGCAUUUGCAGGAGUGCUUCUGAUGUGAGUCAAGUCCUGUUUCUACUACUACUACUACAUUGUGGCAGAUGUAUCAUUAUGGAGUACUACAUAUGUCAUAUCCUUAGUAUUGUUUUAUAGGGAGUAGUAUCGUUUUACCUAUGUAACUAAUUUUAUUUUUAGUAAGCAGCAGGUGAUAGCUUAGUGGUAUUGGCAUCACUUUCGAUUUCAGAGAUCAUUGAACCGAGUCUCAUCCUUUGUAAGGA